UGUCAGUCAGCGCGGGUUAGGUUGAGCAGUGUGCGGUAGGUUGGCGGAGCGGCUGUGUGCGCGAGCUGCAGUAUUUAUAUGAUUAUCAAUUUUUAUUUCUCGCGGAUUUCUCUCUUUAACAGUUGCGCGAGGAGCCGCAGAGCCGCCCGUUCAGCAUGGAAUCCUAUGAUAUAAUCGCUAAUCAGCCGGUGGUGAUCGAUAAUGGAUCUGGAGCCAUCAAAGCCGGAUUUGCCGGAGACCAGAUUCCCAAAUACUGCUUCCCAAAUUAUGUGGGACGACCUAAACAUGUGCGUGUGAUGGCUGGAGCUCUGGAGGGGGACCUCUUCAUCGGUCCGAAAGCUGAGGAGCACAGGGGGCUGCUGUCUGUGCGCUAUCCAAUGGAACACGGCAUCGUUAAGGACUGGAAUGAUAUGGAGCGGAUCUGGCAGUACGUUUACUCCAAAGAGCAGCUCCAGACCUUCUCUGAGGAGCACCCGGUUCUCCUGACUGAAGCUCCACUGAACCCCAGCAAGAACCGGGAGCGAGCUGCCGAGGUCUUCUUCGAAACCUUCAAUGUUCCAGCGCUCUUCAUCUCCAUGCAGGCCGUCCUCAGCCUGUAUGCCACUGGUCGGACCACUGGUGUGGUUCUAGAUGCCGGAGACGGAGUGACCCACGCUGUUCCCAUAUAUGAGGGCUUCGCCAUUCCUCACUCCAUCAUGCGGGUGGACAUUGCCGGCCGGGACGUGUCCCGAUACCUUCGGCUGCUCCUGCGGAAAGAGGGAUACGACUUCCACACCUCCGCUGAGUUUGAGGUUGUGAGGACCAUGAAGGAGAGAGCUUGCUAUCUGUCGCUAAACCCUCAAAAGGAUGAGACUCUGGAGACGGAGAAGGCGCAGUACACGCUGCCGGACGGGAGCACAGUAGAUAUCGGGCCAGCAAGGUUCCGGGCUCCAGAACUGCUGUUCCGGCCAGAUCUGGUGGGAGAUGAGAGCGAGGGAAUCCACGAGGUUCUGGCUUUCGCUAUUCAGAAAUCCGACAUGGAUCUCCGGCGCACCCUGUUCUCCAACAUCGUCCUCUCAGGAGGAUCCACACUAUUUAAAGGGUUUGGAGAUCGGUUGCUGAGUGAAGUGAAGAAGCUCGCCCCCAAAGACGUUAAAAUAAAGAUAUCUGCACCGCAAGAGAGACUGUACUCCACGUGGAUCGGGGGAUCUAUCCUAGCAUCUCUGGAUACGUUUAAGAAGAUGUGGGUUUCUAAGAAGGAGUAUGAAGAGGACCGCGCUCGCGCCAUCCACAGGAAGACUUUUUAAUAACCCCUUCUCCACCUGACUCCACCCCCAGACCUACACCCACACCCCUGUCCCCGCUUCCCUUCUGUCUCCAUCCAUACUUUUCCUCCCUAAACUGCUCUGCGUUACUUCCUUUUAGUCUGCUCCCCGACCCCUAUCCUACCCCCCACCCAGCCAUGGCAUGUCCCUUGUAGUCCUGCCGUAUUAAAGCCCUGCCCCCUCCUACUGAUUGGGCCUGGGCAGAAGGGGGAUUGACCCGUGGCCGUUAAGUGGGAAUGGUGUUCCCGGGCUGCGCUCGAUCCUUCCCUCUCGUUCGCUGAAGGAAUGCUCGGAUAUUUAUUACUGUAUUUUCUUUCCCGUAUCGUAAGCCCGCCCCCGUAGUGCAGCGCUCUCCGGUUCCUGUUCAGCACCGGCGCUGGGACAGGAGAACCGGAUCAGAACCGCCGACUGUAUUACUGUAAAGUCCAUUCCAGAGGCGGAGCGGGGGUGUGGCCGCCUCCAUGUGUGUUUGUGGCGUUUCGAUUGUUAGUUUUAUUUGUUAGCUUUGGAAUUGAUCGGUGCUUGACGGUUUGGGUCGGCACCAGUUUAAAGGAACUAAACAGAACACACUCUGUUCCAGAACCCUCUGCUUCCACUUGCCAACCUCGGAGCAGAUGAACCCAUAGUGAGAUGCACUCUAAUUAAAGAUCCUACUUGGCUUUAGCCUCACAGAUUCUGAUAAUGCUCCUAAGCCCCUCCGCCCCCAUGCCCCUGGCCCCAAGUCCACGGUCCUUCCCUCAUGUCCACGCCCCUUUCCCCACACCCCUUUCCUCAUGCCACUUUCCCCAUGCCCAGCUCUUACUGAUCUUUCAGAUCUUUCGUUUCUUGUUGGUGGAGUUCUGCUUGUCUUAUGCGGGGCCGGUUCUCUGAAGGGUGAAGAAACUGAAUCGAGGGUCCGGUCUCGCCCACUAACCCCCAAACCUGACCCGGCCCAACCCAGCUGGGCGCCUUCAAUCACAGGAAACACUAAACAAGAAGGACAGAGAGUAACAGAGGGUCAACCCUUGUAUAAAGAAUGUGACAAAAUAAUGGAAACAAUAGGUCGUCGUAACGGAACCAACAGAAACCCUAUCAGAACCCGACCCGAGGUUCUGCAGAGACCCGACACCACAACCUCCUUAACCUCCAACCCACACACUCACAAACACAGUGGAGCGCAGAGGUGAGAGUCCGAGACAGAAGCACGGAUAGACGGAGAGUGGUUUUGGUUCUGUUAAAUGUGGUUUAAGGAGAUUUUUUUUAAGCCUUUUCAGCUGUUUCCAUUAUUUUGUCUUCACAGCUGGUAAAGAGGCGUGGCCGUUUAGUCUGUGUGAUUGGUCAGUAAGAAAGUUCUUCUCAUUUUAUUUGUUGUUUCUAAGAUAUAAUGAUGAUGAUAAUAAAGAGGAGAAUGAUGAUGAUAAUGAGGAUGAUGAAGGUUAGCCUUGUGUACAGUGGAUUUAAAUAAACACAAAUGGACUAAAAUGUACCAAAUUGUUUCUUCAGCUGUUGCUUUUUCCAUUUUGUAAAAAAUGAUGUGCGAUAAAUAAACGUAGGCUGUCUGA